AUGGAUUUGAGGUCAACACUUCUGGUCAUUGGAGGAUCUGCGUGUUCUUUCAAACUGCUGAACACGAUUGUCAGAGUCCUGCCAACACCGGUGCUGGCACGCAAGAAAGCCUGGAAGUGGAGGAAUGUCAGCACUUCUUUAGCUCACAGCUCGCUGACAGGAGCAUGGGCUGUUUUAUGUUUCUACUUUCACCCUCAGAUGGUGGAGGACCUGAUCUCGUCUCACUCCGUGCUUUCCCACAGCCUUGUAGCUGUGUCUACAGGUUAUUUUAUCCAUGACUUCUUGGACAUGGCCUUUAACCAGUCAUUCAAACAGUCUUGGGAGCUCCUUCUCCACCACUCUGUGGUGAUAUCCUGCUUCGGUUUGGCUGUGACGACUCGUCUCUAUCUGGGCUUUGCUGUGGUGUCUCUGCUGGUUGAGAUUAACUCCGUUUUUCUUCAUGCCAGACAGCUCCUCCUUCUGUCGGGACAGAGGAACAGGCCAGGGACUGAAGUCACAGCCCCUCGCCCCUCUGUGACCUACAUCAUAACCAGCUGGCUCAACCUGGGAACGUUUUUGGUGUUUCGUGUCAGCACUCUGGGUUGGAUGGUCCGCUGGCUGGCAGGUCACAGUGAACACAUACCUCGCUACAUCCUGAUGAUGGGGACAGCAGGCCUGAGUCUCAUCUCCGUCAUGAACACGGUGCUGUUUUACAGACUGCUCAGAGCAGACAUCCUCACUGACACGCACAACACCAGCAAAAACCACUAG